AUGGUGCAUGACAGGAAAGCGCGUACACUGCAGCUCAACAUCAGCUGGACUGUGCCCAAAGAGGGCCGCUUACCUAAAGGCUACUUCCUGAAAGUGAAGUCCAUCAAUGACUCCCAUGAGUACUGUGAAAUAAUGGACUUCAUGGAGGACAUAAACAACACGAUGACAUCGUGGGCGGUAGUCCCGCCAGAGGUGACCAACGUGAAGAACGACCCGCGCGUGAUGCAGGAGUGCUGCUACAACAUCCGCGUGGAGUCCCAGCCAUAUGACGGCCGGCGCGCCGCCGAAGUCAACUACACCAUCCCCGAGCGGGUGGGCGAGCUCUGGUCGUGCAGGCGCAAUGCGCAGCUGCCCGUGCCGCGUGACGUCCAAGUGUCCGUCAUCGACUCCGGCACAGCCCACGUCUCCUGGACCCUGGACGCCUCCGCGGCGCGGAUCGCGCGCAACAUCUCCCUCACGCUGGGGCGGCAGGUGGUGAGUUCACUGCUCGACUGGUUCGAGUACGAGUCCGAGGUGCUGCUGGCCGUGGCCAACUGGAGCGGCGGCGGCGGCGGCAGCGGCGGCGCGCUGCGGAUGGAGCAUCUGCUGAAGGGCAACAUGCGCCGACCCGCCCAGUACCUGGUGCAAGUGCGCGUGGUCGACCGGCGCGAGUGCCGAGGGCCGCCCGCCGAGAAGCGCUUCUCCACGUUCGGUGAGGCGGCAGCCACUGCAGCAGCCCGCGCCCUCUGUGUCCAUGUCCGGCUUCAGCACCAGAUCGCUCCCUGCUCCACUACUCUCUCAGGAGUCUUGUGA